UACAUGCAGGCGAAAAUAAGUGAACCCGAACGCCCUUACCGCUUUUUAUGGAAACAGAGCAUUUGUACUUGUGAAAGUAAGAAUAUUUCAGAGAUGGACGCAGAAAAUAAUCUAGAAACUCCAGAGCAGGAGAUUGAGCUUUUGGAAGAUGAUUUUGUAGAGGUGGUCGAUUUAGAUGGUGACGAUGAGACAGAAGAAGUGGGACUUGCUGUUGGAAUGGAAGAUGUUGGUUUCACAGACGACAUGAAUGAUCAAGAUGGUGAAAAUGUUGGCAUGACUGAAAAGGACAAUGCAGACUUGUGCUUUCAAAAGCAUACAGCCUCUGUCUUCUCCGUGGCAAUUGAACCAGUUAAUAGUUCAGUGGGAGUUUCUGGAGGGGAAGAUGACAAGGCUUACAUUUGGCAAAUAACAGAUGGACAGACACUUCUGGAGUGCCAUGGUCAUAAAGAUUCUGUGACAUGCACAGCUUUCAGUCAUGAUGGUAAAUUUGUUGCCACAGGUGAUAUGAGUGGCUUUAUUAUUGUCUGGGAUGUUGUUACGAAAAAGGAAGUUUGGAACUUUGAAGCAACAGACUUAGAGUGGCUAGAAUGGCAUAAUGAAGCAAAUGUACUUCUAGCCGGUACAGCAGAUGGUAAUGUGUGGAUGUGGAAAAUUCCUGGCUCAUAUUGCAAAACAUUCCAAGGUCAUGGAUGCCGAUCGACAUGUGGAAUAUUUAUGAAAGAUGGUAAAAGAGCAAGUGUUGGAUAUGAGGAUGGCACCUUAAAACUCUGGGACUUAAGACAAGGAAUGCAUACUUUUCAUCUAUCAGAUGGCACAGCUCACCAAGGAUCCGUAACAUGUAUAGAUGGACACAGAGAUAAUGUUCUUGUGGCAACAGGAUCAGAGGACUCCACAGUCAAAAUAGUCAACACAAACAGUGGGAAGGUACUGAGUACAUUGGCUGCAGGUUUUCAAUCCGAGAAUGACAGUGACCCACCACCUUCCAUUGAAGCUGUUGGAUUUUCACCACAGCAACCCAUGCUAGCUACAGCAUCGUUGAGUGGGGUCCUAGGGGUGUGGGAUCUUUCUUCAUACAGGCUUCGACAAGAAUGUAAACAUCCAGGAGGGAUAGUGAGAUUGAAGUGGGAUUCUGUGACGCCUCUAAUAUACACUGGAUGUCUGGAUGGUGUGGUGCGACUGUGGGACAGUAGAUCAGGAAACUGUGAGCGAGAGUGGUAUGGUCACAGUGGGGAAAUACUGGAUCUCGCUGUGGCCAGGGAUGGGAGCUUUUUAAUAACAGGAUCAGGAGACAGUACAGCAAGAUUGUUCACAGUACAAACACCUGGAAGAUGACAAAAAUAAGCUGCAUCUCAGCAGAGUUGUAAAAUUGAAGCACUGGUAUCACCACCCCCCUCAAACCCCCCCCCCCAAAAAAA